GCUCCAGCCAUUGGAAUGGGAUGGGAAGGUCAGCUCUGCUAAACGUGUUCAACAAUGGAGGACUCUGAAACAUCUGUGAAGAUGCCCCAUCCCACGGUCAGAAUUAUGAGGAAGAAAAUCAAGGAAGGGUUUAUUCUUCUUUAGUGGAAACGCAGUGGAUCGCAUCGCAAAAGCGAUAGCCUUCACAUUCCCUCCUCGUCUCCCCACACCAGUAAAGCAAAUGAUCUUCUUGACACAAAAGAUGAGAAAGAUGACAUCGACCUGAGUAAUUCUCUCGAAAAAGCAAAUCUCACGUGGAAGAACUGUUCUGUUCUGAUCUUGGCUGUACUCCAAUGGUGGCUCUGUUGUCACCCAAAAAUGUCAACUUUUUGUAGACAAGAAAUAUAUUUUAUAGACGACAACUCUCAAUCUCAGGGUGGAGAUUAAUAAAAACAAUUAAACGACCGGACGAGGACGAGAAGGGAAGCGUAUAAAUUCGAGGUUCUUUCCAGGAUGAUCGACAGAAGAGGAAAGCAGAGUCGCAUCAUCAAGAAAGAGAGUCCCGGAAGCAAGAAACAGAGCGAGCGAGCUCGCAGAUCAUUAGAUAAGGAAUAGAUCGAUCAGUCAGCAGCGACCCACCAGCUCCGGCCAAAGCAGAGACAAAAGGGUUCGAUCAGUCCGAGGAAAAGGUUCGAACUUUGGGUCGGACAGCAGGCAUGGUCGACCCGCACCACCACCCCGCAGUGCUCCCCAAGCGCAUAAUCCUUGUCCGGCAUGGGGAGUCGCAGGGGAACCUCUCCGCCUCGGCCUACACCACCACCCCCGACUACAAGAUCCCACUGACCCUGCAGGGUAUCUCCCAGGCCCGGGACGCCGGGUCCCGCCUCAGGGCCCUGAUCUCCAGGGACUGCAACGACUGGCGAGUAUACUUCUACGUAUCCCCCUAUGAGAGGACGCGAUCCACGCUGCGGGAGAUGGGGCGGUCCUUCAGCCGGAAUAGGGUCAUCGGGGUGAGGGAGGAGUGCCGAGUUCGGGAGCAGGAUUUCGGGAACUUCCAGGUGGAGGAGAGGAUGAAGGUCAUCAAGGAGACGAGGGAGCGGUUCGGGAGGUUCUUCUAUCGGUUCCCUGAAGGCGAGUCGGCAGCCGACGUCUUCGACCGUGUAUCGAGUUUUCUCGAAUCACUGUGGAGGGACAUCGACCUGAACAGACUACACCAGGCACGUUCCAGCGAGCUAAACCUCAUUAUCGUGUCCCAUGGUCUCACAUCCCGCGUCUUCCUGAUGAAAUGGUUCAAGUGGACAGUGGAACAGUUCGAGCACCUCAACAACUUUGAGAACUGCGAGUUCCGAGUGAUGCAGCUCGGGGAAGGAGGUGAGUACAGCCUCGCAAUCCACCACUCCGACGAGGAACUGAUGGAGUGGGGCCUUUCCCCUGAGAUGAUCGAGGACCAAAAAUGGCGAGCCCACGCCAAGAGGGGGCAGUGGAACGAAAAUUGUCCCUGGUAUCUGAAUGGUUUCUUUGAUCGCUUAGCUGAUGCAGAUGAUAGUGUAGAAGAAGAGAUCAACGGUUCAGCGUGUGUAUGACACAACUCUGAAGAAGAAAAAUCGAGUUGAAAGAAGUCCCUGUUUUAACUUCUGUCUUCGAUCAUUUUUAUUAAAUACGAGCAAAACAUACUGUUGUGCAUACAAGAUCAUUUAUUUAUUGAUGUGCUAGGUUGUAACA